UGGAGCACAAGGGUUAAUAAUUUUGUGGAAACAGUUAGAGCUCUCUCUCUCUCUCUUUUUUUUUUGUUCCUCUUCUGCUAGGUGUAAGUAUACAGCAGGGCCCUGCAGAUUGUUGGCCUUCUCCCUCCAAUAAACAUCCACACUCUCCUUACACAUCCAUACUCUCCUCCUUUCCUCCUCCCAAGCAGAGCACAUGUGUCCAUAGUACUACGGAGGAGGAGAAGGAGGAGGAGGAGGAGAAAGAAGAGGAGGAGGAGGAUUCUUUAGAGAAGAGAGCCCUUUCAAAGUUCCACGCUGCAGUCUCUUACUGCAGUCUCUCCUUGCCACCGGGAACGGGCACAGCCCCAGGUCCCUCUGAAUGAAUUGCUAAACUGCCACCUGCUUCUGAGCAUUGUUCAACCUGGCAGAAUCCUUAGAACCAGGAGCAGGUAAAUAAAGGCAGCUAAAGCUGACUGCUGGUUGCGCAAAAUCCCCCUGGCUCUUCUGGCUAAAGUCCUACCACUUCCUGUACCUGGCAGCAGCCUGUCUUCUGGGCCUCACCUGUACACGUCUGGGUAGGAGCCAGUCAUCUCCGUCCAUCCACAGCCAUGAAUUUCCUCCGGCGACGUCUCUCUGACAGCAGCUUCGUGGCCAACCUGCCUAAUGGCUAUAUGACGGACCUGCAACGCCCAGAUAGCUCCACCAGCUCACCUGCUUCCCCAGCCAUGGAGAGGAGGCACCCCCAGCCCCUGGCUGCCUCCUUCUCCUCUCCAGGAUCCAGCCUUUUUAGCUCCCUCUCCAGUGCCAUGAAGCAGGCCCCUCAGGCCACCUCAGGACUGAUGGAGCCUCCAGCUCCCUCCACGCCCAUUGUUCAAAGACCCAGGAUCCUGUUGGUGAUCGAUGAUGCCCAUACAGACUGGUCGAAGUAUUUCCAUGGGAAGAAGGUGAAUGGAGAGAUUGAGAUUCGAGUGGAGCAGGCUGAAUUCUCAGAGUUGAACCUAGCGGCCUAUGUGACCGGGGGCUGCAUGGUGGACAUGCAGGUCAUGAGAAAUGGGACCAAAGUGGUGAGCAGAUCCUUCAAGCCAGACUUCAUCCUGGUCCGCCAGCAUGCCUACAGCAUGGCCCUGGGGGAAGACUACCGCAGCCUGGUCAUCGGCCUGCAGUAUGGAGGGCUGCCUGCUGUCAACUCUCUCUACUCCGUCUACAACUUCUGCAGCAAGCCCUGGGUGUUCUCUCAACUCAUUAAGAUCUUCCAUUCCCUGGGUCCUGAGAAGUUCCCGCUUGUGGAGCAAACAUUUUUCCCCAACCAUAAGCCAAUGGUCACAGCCACACACUUCCCGGUGGUAGUCAAGCUGGGACAUGCCCACGCUGGAAUGGGAAAGAUCAAAGUGGAAAACCAGCUUGACUUCCAGGACAUCACCAGCGUGGUCGCCAUGGCCAAAACCUAUGCCACCACCGAGGCCUUCAUCGACUCCAAGUACGACAUCCGCGUCCAGAAAAUUGGAUCCAACUACAAGGCUUACAUGAGAACCUCCAUCUCUGGGAACUGGAAGGCCAACACAGGCUCUGCCAUGCUGGAGCAGGUGGCCAUGACAGAGAGGUACAGGCUGUGGGUGGACAGCUGCUCGGAAAUGUUUGGCGGCCUGGACAUCUGUGCCGUCAAGGCCGUCCACAGCAAGGAUGGCAGAGAUUACAUCAUCGAGGUAAUGGACAGCUCAAUGCCGCUGAUCGGAGAGCAUGUGGAAGAGGACAGACAGCUGAUGGCAGACCUUGUUGUCUCCAAAAUGAGCCAGCUCCUGAUGCCAGGAGGCACAGCGCCCUCGCCCCUGAGACCUUGGGCUCCACAGACUAAAUCAGCGAAGUCCCCAGGGCAAGCCCAGCUGGGGCCUCAGCUAGGACAGCCCCAGCCACGCCCACCUCCGCAAGGAGGCCCUCGCCAAGCUCAGUCUCCUCAGCCCCAGAGAUCUGGAAGCCCCUCCCAACAGAGGCUCUCCCCACAAGGCCAGCAGCCCCUGAGCCCCCAGUCCGGAUCUCCGCAGCAGCAAAGGUCACCAGGCUCUCCACAGCUAUCCCGGGCAUCCAGUGGAAGCUCCCCAAACCAGGCCUCCAAGCCAGGUGCCACCCUCACCUCACAGCCCCGGCCCCCUGUGCAGGGCCGUAGCAUCUCCCAGCAGGGUGAAGAGUCCAAGAAGCCAGCACCACCCCAUCCGCAUCUCAACAAAUCUCAGUCCCUGACCAACAGCCUCAGCACAUCCGACACCUCCCAGCGUGGGACCCCAAGUGAAGACGAGGCCAAGGCCGAAACCAUCCGCAACCUGAGGAAGUCUUUUGCCAGCCUGUUCUCUGACUAACGCCAUCCAGGCUGGGAGGGGAAGAGUGCUCUGCUACACUCGUCCCCCUCCUGCCUCAUCUUCCUUCUCAGCCUUGGUUCCUGAUGGGAACAGAAUGGAGGGCCUGAGAACAUACUUUCUAAAUGCCUUUGACCCAGGAACCAAUUAUCUAUAUUUUUUCCAUUUUCCUUUACCGUGACAUUCCAGCAUUGUCUGACUGAGAGGUGGGCCUCUGAGAGCCUCCAAGUUCCUCAAAACAGGCCUGAGCGACGGGCAUCACACUCUCUGCCUACCCACAUGCCUGCUUCCCUGCCAGAUAACCAAGUGAGAUGUCUGCAAGUGGCUAGUUUUCACAUUCUUACUAGUAUUUGGCUCACCUUUGGGCAAAGGCCCCCUCUAGGCCUUGCCCCACCUCCAUCAAACGCAGACACUGUAGUCAGACCUCAGCAAUAUAGGAGGCAAUAAUCUUUUAACAGUGUUUUGCAAACAAAAAGAGAAAAUCCCAGCCAGGGGAACUCGCCACCUGCCCAGGCUAGUUCCAUCCACACUCAAGACCUACCCUUAGACCAGGCAGGCAAAGGCCCUCAUCACACUCGACCAUUAGUGGGGUCCUGAGGCCAAGAAAGAAACCAGACCCUGUAUGACAAGUGGGGUUUUUCAGAACACAAUAGAAACAGGGGGACCCUUGUAAUGCCACUCAUACUCAUAGCAUUAUUCUUAUUUGGACAGCCAAGGGCACAUCACAGGUUAUUGUAGGAAUAAAGACUAGUUUACAAAGGAGAAAGAGACCCUGCACUUCCCAAGGAAAGGGUCAGUUUCGGGCUCCUGUACCUAUUCUGUUACACCACUGUUUGGUCUCUCUGGCUUCCCACCAGGAAUGCCGUUUCCUUUUUAUGGAUCUGUUGGGAACCAGAGAGAAUCAACAGAUCAAUGACAUAGGAUCCGAAGUGCAAUGAUAGUCACUUCUAGUUUGGCAUUUCACAAACUCUGUACAGCAAGGUAUUGGUAGGUUACUCAAUUUCAAAAGGGCCCCAUGGUCAACUAUGUUUAGGAACCACUGUUUGUAUUUCUUUUUUGGAGAUGCAUUGUAUAUAAUGUAUGUCAAAGGCUUUCGGAAUUCCUGCAGGAAAGAAAUCAGCUUUGUUAAAUCCAAACUGAUUUGACUCAGCAAGUUAGUUGCAGAGCUGGAAAAAGUAGUCUAACUCCCUUCCCAGUGCUCUUUCCCCUAUACCAGUCUGCCUCUCAUGCUUAGAUAGGGUUCAGGGGUGAUCCAAAUCACCAAGCACCUGGUGCUAGAAACACUGUAGGUGCCAGAAGCAGCCUCCUGGUCCCAAAGAGAGCCCAAGAUAUUAGAACAUAGCCAUGUUAGCCCCUUGCCUCCCACUUCGCAACCUGAGAUAUGUCUUCCCUUUUCUGUCCACAGGGAAGAAAGAGAGGGAGGUAAAAAUGGAAGUGGCUCUGGCCUGGAGCAGCUUCUAGUUAUGCCCAAGCAAUGUAGAUUGUUUGGUAAUUAGCCGAACUCCAUCCAGGUUCCCAGGAGCAUAAAAGCAAACAUCUCCUUUUUGGUCCUCCAAAACCAAACUGGAGUGGUGACGUCAGGGCCAGAGACCCUCUCCUUCUGUGGGCAUUGGGUCAGUUAGAACUCUCAACCUCAGAAAAGCCUGCCUUCAAGCUGGCUUUUGACAGGCUAUUGGCUGGAGACUGGCUCAGUAUCAAAAGUGCUAGCUGUGCACCUGGCUGCCAGAAAGCCACUUGGCCUUUAGGGUGGUCCUCUUCACAUUGCCCUCUUCCCUCACUCAUGAUCAGGUCUGGAUUUAAGAGCAAGAGACCCCAGGAUAAUUCAGAAGUCUUCUCUCUCUCCUCCUGUUCAAGACUCUUGGUCUGGGAUUCAGUAAUAAGUAGCAGACCUGGCAUAAGAAAGAUCAGAUAGAUAGGUCCAACUGCCAGUGACCACUGGGAGCCAUAAUUUGGCAGCUGGAGACUGGUAGGCUCAGGCCUGACUAACACUGGCUAGGAUCAGCAGCAAAUAAAAUAGCCACUGUGUGAGGUGAGGUGAAGAGGUGAAGGCCUGGUACUCUUUCUAGUGCCCAAAAAGCCCACCACCCUUAAUCUAGCUCCAUGCUCGGCUGAGUUCCAUGUUAUAGGACAGUCCCUGCAUGUCUGGCAUGUCUGGAGCUCACUCUGCCCAGUAACACAUCUCCCUUCUUUUUGCUCAGCCUGUGCAAUGUAACAGAACUAGUCUGGCCAGGAGCUGGCAGAAUCCUAACCAGAGGCAGCUGAGAUGAUGCAGUGGGCAGUCAGACACAUGAAGCUGCUGCUUUGCAGGCAUCGCUCUCAACACAUUCUUCUAGACCCGCAAGGUGGGUGGAGGUGGGGGUCCUGGGGUCAGUAUCCCACAGUCAUGCUUGGGGGAGGUCAGGUGAUGGCAAGGAAUAGAUCAGACCAUUUAUAAUCCGGUAGAACUUCGCUUCAUCCUCCUGCUGCUGCUCACUCAAUUCUCUCACCACUCCCUGGGAAUUUCGGAAGAAAGCCAAGUGGGGCAUAAGGAAAAGAGACAGGAGGUGAAAUUCAAAAUAUCAGAUGCGGGUACCUUUUAAAGCUAUUCUGUUAAAAGAAAUCUAACAGAAGAGAGUAUAAAUAUUGAUUAACGUAAGGUUUGUUGAUUAGCCAGUGAUUCUAGGAGUCCCAUUACUUAAACACACACACACACACACACACACACACGCACGCCUGGAUAAUAACUGGGAAUUGACAAAUGCGCAUCCUAAAAUCCUGUCACCUCGCUAUCAGUUCAUAGUUCUCUGAAAACCGGCUUCAAGAGGAGAAUGGCUUCCCCACUUCCCCAAGAAGAUAGGGAUCACUAGUAUAAGUCACACAAUGAGAGAACCAGAAUACCAGCCUCUCAGACUGGAAGGUUCCUGGGCCCUUCCCCCUUCUUUCCUGACGAGGGCAGGUGAGGUUCCCCCAUUAGAAGGACCUGGGGCACUGCUUAUAAGAGCAGCCUAUUACAAGAUUCAAGCACAGAGAGCUAUAGGAGUUCAAGUUUGGUUUCUUCCUCUUAAAAAAAUAUAUAUCCACCCUCCUUACACAGGGGUAGUCCUUUCAAAUAUUAAUAAAUAAUGCUGUGCGACAUCCUGAAUAAACAGGUAAGAGAAAACUUGUAGGGCAGGGUGUAACCACAAGGUCCUCGUUUCAGGAGAUUAAGAACACAGGUGAAACCCCUGUGGCAAUCGUCCCUCUUCAACAAUCUCACCCAAUUUUCACUUAGUAAUAAAAGACAGUUCAAAACACACAACCGAAUGGUAACAGGCUGGACAAAGUUUCUCAACGUGUGGGCCACAGCCAUGGGCAGAGCUAGUUACAAAGGCAGAUGACGCUUCAUGUCGGACUAAAGGAGUCCGAAUUUCUGGUCACAGGACCCAGAACCUAUAUCUUUGUCAAUCUCCCCACUGUGAAUGCACUUUGACGUGAGACCAGCAACCCUGAGCUGGGCUGUGUGGGAAAGCCACUGCAUGAGAAACAGUACUGCUAUGGGUGCGCUAUAGUCUCCAACGCAGCAAAGAACCCACUCCUUUAGUGAGUGAAACUAGUGGCCCCAUGAACAAUGACCACAUAGCCUAAAUUCUCCCAUAUUCCUAUAUUCUGUCCUUUGGCCUCAGACACACCUCAGCAUUCAAAGGGUAUCUCCCAGAUACUCCAGUAUCUGUGUACAACAGUAGCAAAAGCUCCUUCCAAACUCCAAAUCAGGCCAGGCAUCCUGAUUUUUAUAACCAUACACAGAUAUAUCCAGAUCCAUGAUGUAACACUAGUUUAUAGCCAACACAUUUAAAUAAUUUCCCCACUGGGGCCAGGCACAGUGGCUCACAUCAGUAAUCCCAGCACUGUGGGAGGCCGAGGCGGGCGGAUCACGAGGUCAGGAGAUCGAGACCAUCCUGGCUAACACGGUGAAAUCCCAUCUCUACUAAAAAUAUAAAAAAUUAACCGGGUGUGAUGGUGGGUGCCUGUAGUCCCAGCUACUAGGGAGGCUGAGGCAGGAGAAUGGCGUGAACCCAGAAGGCAGAGCUUGCAGUGAGCCGAGAUCGCACGACUGCACUCCAGCCUGGGCAACAGAGCGAGACUGUCUCAAAAUAAUAAAAUAAUAAUAAUAAUAAUAAUAAUAAUACUUUCCCCAUUGGUCUGUGUAUGAACAUAGGAACCAAGGACACAUAGGUCUCAUGGCGACCCUAAAAUGGUCUGUUUUGUCACAUAGGCUAGCAGGUGUUCCUUCCAAAAAUGUAACCUUUAAUAACUGUGACAUUUUGAAAUGGGAAAGGGCAAAAAGGAGGGAGAGGGGAGUCACACUAUAUAGACUCUAAAAUGUUAUGUUUGUUGUUUUUUUUGCUUUGUUUCACAACUUUGAGCCAGAGAGAGGCUAGCAUUUUCCCUCCAAGCUGACUCGGGGAAGCUGAAACACAACAAAGACCUAUUUGAUUUGUGCACAAUGAACAGGGAUUUAAAAACGCAGCCUUAGCGGACAGCUCUACCAGCCACAGAAAAGUUCUUCCAGAUCUUCCUCCCGUCAGCUCGAUAAAAUGGUACUGUACUUUGGUUAAAUGUAAAAUCAGCUUUCCAGGAACAGUGGAAUAUCCUUUCUCUUCCAUCAGUUCCCUAGAUUCUCUUCAUUACUACAUUCUCUAGCCUAACAUUCAGUCCCUGCUGAAUUAACUAAUAUUCAGAUACAUUCAAGAUAGAACUAACACUCAGUUCUAUCUUUCCAAAAUUUAAGGGGAUGAUAGGUCUUCACUCACAUGGUAACAAACACAGCAGCAAACCCCAUAAAACUGAACAUCAACUGCCUUCUGGAAGUUCUCACCUGGCAAGCUAGUGCAGGUAUCUUGUGCAUGGGUCAAGAGAGUGAAGCUCAGAGCACGUUGCUUGGCACCCAGCAGGUGUUCAGGACACGUUUUAGCUCAGCCCUCCUAGAAAACUAUGAAAGAAAAUCCAAACAAAAGUAUUAA